AAAACAAAACAAAAGGUUAAACUGCACUAAUAAAUAUUAUUAAAGUAAAAAAAAUGGAGGAAAUCGGGGAAUGGCAAUUACCAGGUUGGACCCAGCACCCCCGUAAACCCUAACCUCUUGUAGAAAACGAAUGAAUCCGUUAUUGGUUUCAUUUGGAAACGCGAUCCGUAAAUCCCCCAUUAUAAAAUACCUGUAAGAUUUAUUUCCUUUCAUAACAAUUUUCCAAAUUCUCUGUUGCGUUAAGUGGGGAAGAAUAUUUUUCGUCUGAGAUCACCAAUCGAACCCCCCAAACAAAAGCAAUGUCGAAGACGGAGCAGACGGUGGUCGGAGUCCCAUACUAUGUGGGGAUGAAUCCGUACCAUGCGGGGAUGAUACCGCCGAAAGCCAUAUACGGUGAUCCAGAGGGAAUUCCGAUUCAGCAAACCAUGUAUCGGGACACCCCUGCUCCUUUUAACUGCCCUUACUGUGGUAAUUCCGGACUCACCCUCGUCAGAUCUAAACCUAGUCUGGCAGCGGUUGUUGGAUGCAUGAUGCCCUUUAUGCUUGGAAUCUGCUUCCUUUGCCCUUCAAUGGACUGCCUUUGGCAUAAAUAUCAUUAUUGCCCCAAAUGCACUGAAAAGGUUGCUAAUUUUGAGAAAUCAGAUCCAUGUGCGGUGGUGGAUAUGCCGCAAUGGAUGCAGGAGAGUUUUGCUGUGCCUGCAUGAUAAGUCUAGUAAAAGCAUUUUGCUAUGCUGUUUUCUCAUUUAUAUGUGCUUUUCUUGCUGUGCUAAAAUAAAUUGUCUAUACAAGAAAUCAUGAACAAAAGGUUUCAGUACAUUACUGUGAAUUGCUAAUUAGAGUACAGUCUUCUCUAUAUGUAGCCAUGCGACAAAGGUAAAAAAAAAAAAAAAAAAAAAAAAAAAAA